CUUCCGGGCCGCGUCUAAGCUUGGGGCGAAGUGAGGUGGGCUGAGUAGAAGCGCGAGGGGGGUCGGGAAGAGUCGCUCGCAGCCGGAGCCGCCAUCGUUCUCCGUCCUCGCGAUGCCCAAAGGAGGUAGAAAAGGAGGCCACAAAGGCCGGGCGCGGCAGUACACAAGCCCCGAGGAGAUCGAUGCCCAGCUCCAAGCAGAGAAAGACAAGGCCCGGGAAGAGGAGGAGCAGGAGGAAGGAGGAGAUGGAGCAACAGGUGAACCCAAAAAGAAGGAGAAAUCACUAGAUUCAGACGAGAGUGAGGAGGAGGAGGAGGAUGAAGACUACCAGCCAAAGCACAAAGGAGUGGAAGGCAUGAUAGACAUCGAGAACCCCAACCGUGCUGUACAGACAGCCAAAAAAGUCACUCAGAUCGAUAUGGAGAGCCCCAGGGAAUUGUCGCGGAGAGAACGAGAAGAAAUUGAAAAACAGAAAGCGAAAGAGAGAUACAUGAAGAUGCACCUAGCGGGUAAAACGGAACAGGCGAAGGCAGACCUUGCCCGGCUCGCCAUCAUCCGGAAGCAGAGGGAAGAGGCGGCCAAAAAAAAAGAGGAAGAAAGGAAAGCUAAAGACGAAGCAACUUCGACAGGCAAAAGACUGCAGUCGCUGUCCCUUAACAAGUAAGCGCAGGGCAUCCGAGAGGAGGAACUUCCCAGGAACUGUGCCCGACGGGCGCCUGCUAGGCCCUCUGCCGCAUCACAUCCCAGAGAGGCCGCGUGGAGAGCGCGGCGACAGCGGCAGCAGCGUCACCUUCACCUUUAAGAGACACUGACAGCAACAUGUUUGUCUUCAUCUGGGCACAGAAUUCCACAGGGGGGAGGGAGGGAAAGGGAGGGGGCUAGAGGAGCUAUUAAUCCUGGUGCCGAAUCGUUUUCCGCAUAGCCGUUGGGGGGGGGGGAGGGAAAUACCGCAGACUGAACGGUUUUGCUGUGUUUAGAUUUAAGAUCACAUAUCUGGGGGAGGGGGGCCACACAGUUGGUAUUCUCAACAAACAGAUUCAAAUCCAAUGUGCUAGGGGUGUGCGUGUGUGUAUGUGUGUAACAGGCACUUGACUGCAAAACAGCCCAUGGGACGGAGCUGCAGAGCAGCAAAAUAAUAAUAAUAAUAAUCAGAGCAGAACCAUGUGGCAAUUUUGGUCUUCAUUCCUGCCCCCCCCCUUUACAUCCUCCCUUCUUUUUUCCUUUCUUUUUUUAAAAGCCAUCCUUGAUUUCUUUCCUUCUCCUCUGAAAAGGGAUAGUGACUUUUUAACUGCAAACCAAACCAAACCAGAGAACUCUUGCUUGACUGUGCAACAUGUUGGAACAGAUGCUAAUUGGGAAAAUAAAACUUGUAUAUUUGGCUGAAUAAAGUUUAAAUUAUCGUAAA